ACACACGCACACACAGACACACGCACACGCUCCCCGGCCGGGGCGGGGCCGAGCCCUCCCCCGAAAUGGCGGCGCCCGCGGGGCGUGAAUAAAGGGCGACGGGCGGGGCCGCGGCGCUCCGGGAAGCGUGGGGCCGGAGGCGGCGGGUGAGCGGGGCAAUAGCGGCGGGAGGCGGCGGAGGAGGAGGGGGGGGGGGGGGAGGCUGGGCCUCCGGCGCAGGGCCCCGCGCCCGCCAUGAGCAGGGCGCAGCUGACGCGGACCGGGAUCCUGCGGAUGGCGCUGGGCGGCGGCGCCGCCGACCCGCUGCUGCCGGCGGAGGGCGGCGGCGGGGGGGGCGGCCGGCGGGCGCCCUUCGUGCUGCGGGCGCUGCGCAUCGCCCUGGUGGUCUGCCUGUACUGGUUCACCUCCAUCGCCAUGGUCUUCCUCAACAAGUACCUGCUGGACAGCCCCUCGCUGCGCCUCGACGCCCCGCUCUUCGUCACCUUCUUCCAGUGCGCCCUGACGGCCGCCCUCUGCCUGGGCCUCAGCCUGGGGGCGGCUUGCGGGCCCCCCUGCCCCGGCCUGCCCGCCCUCCGCCUCGACCCCAAGGUGUCCCGCAGCGUCCUGCCCCUCUCUGCCGUCUUCAUCGGCAUGGUCACCUCCAACAACCUCUGCCUCAAGCAUGUCGGCGUGGCCUUCUACAACGUGGGGCGCUCCCUCACCACCGUCUUCAACGUGCUGCUCUCCUACCUGCUGCUCAAGCAGACCACCUCCCUCUACGCCCUCCUGGCCUGCGGAGUCAUCAUAGGUGGCUUCUGGCUGGGUGUUGACCAGGAAGGAGCAGAGGGCACUCUGUCGUGGACAGGUAUAUUCUUUGGGAUCUUAGCAAGCCUGUGUGUCUCGCUCAAUGCCAUCUACACCAAGAAGGUGCUGCCUGUGGUGGAUGGUAGCAUCUGGCGCCUGACCUUCUACAACAACGUCAAUGCUUGUGUCCUGUUCUUCCCCCUCAUGUUGCUGCUGGGCGAGUUCCACACCCUCUACCACUUCGACAAGCUGGGGAACCCCAGUUUUUGGGGCAUGAUGACCCUGGGGGGAGUGUUUGGCUUUGCCAUUGGGUAUGUGACUGGUCUUCAGAUUAAAUUCACUAGCCCGCUCACCCACAACGUAUCUGGGACAGCCAAGGCCUGUGCCCAAACAGUGCUGGCUGUCAUCUACUUUGAGGAGACAAAGAGCUUCUUGUGGUGGACGAGUAACUUGAUGGUUCUGGGUGGCUCCUUUGCCUACACGUGGGUGAAAGGGCUGGAGAUGAGAAAGGUGCAAGAGGAUCCUAAUGUCAAAAACAGCGAAAGAAAUGAGACUGGUGUGUAGGCAGCUCCUGCACCUCUGUUUCUGUGCCCGGAGGGGUUAACCUUUGGUGCUCCUUUCCUCCUGGGGAGAAGAUGAUCAAGGAGCAGGGAAAAAUUCACCUGCAAAGUGUACGGGGAACUGUGUUAGGAGCCAUAGCUGAAGACCUGACUGGAUCAUGUUCUAGCUAUGAGAUCUCACCCUGUAUCAGAGUUGGCGAGAGCAUGUGUUACAGAGAGCAAUCAGGUUUUUUUGUGAUUCUUUUUUGAAAUGGAUGUUGCUAUUGACCUAAUCUGGGCAAUUUGCAUAUCUGGGGGGUGGACUCAUAGGGGACAAAGACUGUGUAGUUAGGGAUCUAGAAUUAUCUCAAUGAAUGCAGUCUGAAGUUAUAAAAUCCUGAACCUCCAUGUAAGGAAGAAUCAGGUAGCCAGACUGUUGGGGAUAGACUCUAGCAAACUGUUCUGCUGUAAAAAGAGUGGCAACAGCCCUUCUUCCUGUUGCCCAUUUCAGUGCGAAGGGUGGGAAAUGCCCUCCUUUCUGGUUCUGUACAAGCCUAAACUGCAGCAGUGCCUCCAAAUCUCCUUUCCAAAGAGUCAGUAUCACAUCCUGCUGUCUCUCCUGUGUUUCUCACCACCUGGCUUCUUAGUUCAAGAAAUCAUGCUUAAGAAUCAGGAAUGAAACUUCUCAUUCCCUCUGUAUCAGGUCCUGAGAGGCAGAACGUGUGCUCAAGUGGCCCUUUUUGGGCAGGAGUGAGUGUUGCCUCUGCCUCGCUGUGACAGGCGGGAGGGGAAAGUCACUCUGAAGCACUUGCUUCUGUAAGGCGGAGGUCCUGGUUUCUGGGGUUGGCCACACCUCUCCUUUUUACCCUCUGUGCAGGGGGUAGAUUUGUGUUUGGAAAUGAGGUUGUUACUAGUUAGGCUUGUUUUGGGGGUCUUGUUCCAUACCGGCUUUGGACCUCCUCUGGUGUUUGCAGUUUGUCUUUUGGCUUGUUCCUUUUAAACACACAUCCCCACACACACGUGUUCCCCUCCUUGGCCAGCUCUAUGAACCCUUCAAACCCCCCAAAAAUCCUAUUUUGGCCGAGCUGCAUCAAUCCAUUCACUUGAAACUUGCUGCUGAACAGUUAGUUCUGCAACAGUCUCUGCUUCCCCCCUCGCACCCCCCAUGUGCAAGUGUCACCUGAGGUUACUCUGCUGUGAUUUCUGAUCCCAAGGGUCAGCAGCAACCCUGCAUAGUUGGCUGUGUUGUCACACCAGCUUUCUAAACCUCAGACCCCUUUAUGUUUCAAGGGUUAUUUGGAUAGCGAUCCUGGGCGGUGGGUGCGACCACUUCACACCCCGCCCCGGGGAUCCUAUGUGCUGUACUGUGCCCCUUGUGUGAUGUCCGGUCCCUCCUACAGAAGGACACUCCAUUUCUGCCCAGAAUAUGUUCAUUUCUAAUUUGGGGAGGCUCCUGCUCCAGGAGCACUCCUUUCCAGUGCACUGUCAUGAGUGGUGGUCGGGGGGGGUGUGUCCUUGAAUUUUUUUUUUUUAUUUUUAUUAAUGGGAACGGACAUUUUUAAACGUUGCACGCAUGUACUGACUUGUAACGGCCAAACCUGCUGAAUAAAGUCGGGGGUCGCUCA